AUGGCAAAAUGCACCUGUGGGACUCAAAUCAGCCGCUCCGAUCAUUGCGACCAAAUCUGGGGAAGUCAUAAAAACUGCGUAUACGAACCACUGCAAAAAAUCUACACACAUUUAGCAGCCGGCGUAAAGGUUAGCCCCGAAACUGCCAAAAAAUUGAUAAGCAAAACGGUCGGUACGAAAGUUAUCGCCGAGAACAAGGACACCCUAUUGAAGGCCAUGACAUCGGAUGAGGCGUGUCAUGAGGUGGUGCGUCAAGGGUUGCAGGACGCCAUGGGUUCGGUUGCCAACAAGAUAUUGGGUAUUGGACUUCUAGUGGGCUGCAUCAGCGCCGCUAUUGACGGCUACAAAAUCUAUGAGUUUUGGAAACAAAUCAAAGACGCCGAUAACCUUGUGGAACGAUGCCCUGGAAAGCGAAAGGAGAUUUCUGAGCAACUGGAUGACAUAAAGCCGCUCGUGGCCAAAUUGGACAGGGCGUACCACGAUCUGACAAGGAGCGAUAUCGCAAAAAAUGAUUUUGAGUGCGCAAAAGCCGCUGUUGAGUGCUAUAGCCAAAUAAUCCAAACUAAAGUGGGCAAAUUUUUAAAUGAUAUUAACGACCUUCACUUUGAGGUUAAUGGAAAGACGGAGAAAAUUAAAGUUGCUCGAGAUGUUGCUGUUGCCGCGUCCAUCACUAGCUUUGCAUCAACCGGAGCUGCGGUAGCUAAUGCUGUUGUACUAGGGUCCUUUGCCAAUCCAAUUCUUACCGGUGCUACAGUAGUAUUAGGAGUUGUUCACGCUGCACUUGCAACUGGUUGUGUUAUUUUGAGUGUCAUUUCUUCUGAUACUUUGGAGAAACUCCGAAAGGAGGUCAAUGAGAUUGAAGAAGUCAGAGCCUUGGGGGCCUGGAUGAUCCGCCACACCACAGGCGACGCACCCGUCCAACGCUAUUUGACACCCGGCGAUGCACAGGGAGGCCGCAAUUGGACCACUCUCUACAUGGUGUGGAGUGCCGGUCAGGAGCAAAGUGACCAUGGUAUCUAA